CUAAUAAUCAUCGUACUGCAUCCGUCUUCCCAAAGAAAACCCAAAAGAAAGGAAUUGUUUUCCGCAAGAGUCAAUCCAUUUCUUCCCCUAAAAUCUCCAUCUCCGCCCUAUUCUCGAAAACCCUAUUCAAAUUUUCUCCGUUUUCCCUCAAAAAUUUCAGCUUCAAUCUUUGAGUUCAAUCGAUGAAUGCGUCGCAGUUUAUGGACAAACAAAUAAUGGACCUGACGGCCUCGUCUUCUUCCCCGAACAACAGCACCGUGGGCAAAGAUUUUAUCGAUCUGAUGAACCACCCACAGGAAGAGGAUGAUUACGGGAAUCAGAGCAGAAGCACCUCGCUUGGUGCCGCUGAUAAUGGAAUUAAGAAGGAGGAAAUCUUCCCCAGCUAUGAUUUCCAGCCCAUCCGACCUGUCACCACCACCCACCUUGAUGGGGCUUCUGGUAUUGGGGGAUCGGCAAACUCCAGGGCCUGGAGCUCUAUUGAUUCUAAACCCACGAAUUAUACUUCUCUUCACUCUAAUGAACCUUCAAAGAUGAUGCUGGAGAAAGAUCGUACUGCUGCAGACAUGGGAAUAGUGUCUGAGAUUGAUCGCACAAUGAAGAAACAUUGUGAUAAUUUGAUGCAUGUGUUGGAAGGAGUUAGUGCGCGGCUGACGCAGCUGGAGAGCAGAACCCGUCAGCUUGAAGCUUCUGUUGAUGAUUUGAAGGUAUCAGUUGGAAACAAUCACGGGAGCACUGAUGGGAAAAUGAGACAGCUCGAGAAUAUCUUAAGAGAGGUACAAACAGGUGUACAGGUUCUAAAGGAUAAGCAAGACAUUAUGGAAGCACAGUUGCAGCUUGGGAAGCUGCAGGUUUCCAAGGCAGAUCAGCCAUCUGAAACUCAGAACACUAUGCAUAUGGAUUCUGUGAAGCAAGCUGCAUCUGCUCCUGUACAGUCUCACCAACCACUUCCUCAUGCGGUCUCUUUUCCACAAUCACAACCUCCAGUUCCUGCUCCUCCUGUUGUUCCUCCUCCAGCUCUUACCCAGCAGAAUCUGCCACCUUCAGUUCAGCAUCCAAACCAAUUCCCUCAGAGCCAGGUUCCUUCUGUCCCUCAACGAGACCCUUACUUUCCACCCCCUGUUCAAACUCAAGAAGCUUCAAAUCAGCAAUAUCAAGUGCCUCCUACCCAGCAACCCCAGCCUCCUCCUGCUGCACCACCACAUCAACCAUAUCAGCCACCUUCUCAACCACAGUAUUCUCAGCCACCAGCCCCACCACAGCCGCCUCAACAUCAACCUCCAGUAGUUCACCAUCCUGAAGAGCCACCUUACAUUCCUUCUCAGGGCUAUGCACCAAACUUACGCCAGCCACCAUCUCAGCCACCAAGUGGGUCAGCUCCCACCCAACAGUAUUAUGGGGCUCCACCACAUAUGUAUGAGCAACCACCAAGCAGAUCUGGUGGGUUUUCUACUGGAUUUGUUCCACCAUCUGUGCCUAGUGAACCAUAUGCUUAUGGUGGAUCACCUUCACAGUAUGGUAGUGGUGCUACAAUGAAGACACAGCAACUUGUUUCUCCCCCCAUGCCACAAGGUGGCGGAAGUGGUUAUCCACAUCUUCCAACUGCUAGGGUAUUACCACAUGCAUUGCCUACUGCUUCUGGUGUUGGUGGUGGGUCAGGUUCUCCUCAAUCUGGAAACAGGGUUCCCAUUGAUGAGGUGGUUGACAAAGUAACGAGCAUGGGAUUUCCGAGAGACCAUGUGAGAGCAACUGUCCGAAAAUUGACUGAGAGUGGUCAGAGUGUUGAUCUUAAUGUGGUGCUGGAUAAGCUGAUGAAUGAUGGUGAAGUGCAGCCGCAAAGAGGUUGGUUUGGUCGGUAGCACGGUUUCACUGAUUCAUGCAGAUGUACAGAAAUGUCAAUUCUGGUUGGAACUUGACUUGAGAUCAGAGGCUGUUUCCUCAUGCAUUUUUUUUCUCUUUUCUCCUUUCCACCCUCCUCCUUAGCUUUCUAAAAUUCUGCACUGGUUACUUCUUAACUUUAUUGCUUGGAGGUCUGGUUUGUUUUACAUCUGUGUAUACUCACAAUAACUCAAAAUGGAUUGUCAAGUAUUCAUUAUGUGCAGGAUGCUAUAACGGGUAUCAUUGAGCAGAGCAACUCCCCUGUUGGUUUUGGUUAGAUUGAGUUUUAUUUUUCACAUAUGCACUUUGAUGAACUGAGAUGCUUUGAAUUUUACUUGAUAUCAGUCCUAUGAGGUGUCUUUGAA